GGGGUCGCCGCCCGCUACCACCGCGUCCUCCUGGGGGUCACCUGGUGGCCCCCCACCGAAGCGGGGCUCCACGUGCUGCUCUUCCUGCUCUGCCUGGCGGCAGCGGGGGCCCACAUUCACACUGUCACUCUGGGUGGGCUUUGCUCCUCCCCGCUGCUUGGCAGCCCCCUCCUCACCGAGCUCUGCCGGGUGGAGGGGGGUCAGGCAGCUGUGCUGCUCUUCCUCUUCCUCACGGCGUUGCUCUACCUGGCCGGCAGCGCCGUGGCUCUCAAAGUGUGGCAUGAGGUGGCCCGGUGGCACCGGGGGGCUGCGGUGAUUCCCUGUAGCCCUGAGGGCAGCCUGCAGCCUGCGGGGGCCUCGUGUCCCCCAGUUUGCAUCCUGAAGCCUCUGCUGGUCCAAACCAAGCGUGUCGUCUUCGAGGAUGAGGUGGGGGUGGCGGGGAGACCCCCACGGAGGGCUGGGGUCACCACCACCGAAGAGGGCAAGCAGCGGGGGGGUUCGGGUUCUGUGCCCCCCGGGCUCGUGCCACAGCCACACAUCAUCCCUGAUUACGUGGUGCGGUACCCAGCAAUCCGGAGCGCACGGCAGCGGCAGCAGUACGGAGCGGUGUUUGCAGAUCAGCACGCGGAGUACCGGGAGCUGCUGGGGGAGCUGCAGGCGGAGAGGUGCGGGGAUGCUGUGUGCCACCCGCAGCGACGUGCGGGCACG